GAGAGAGAGAGAGAGAGAGAGAGAGAGAGAGAGAGAGAGAGAACACAACUUUUCCGAGUGUAUUUUUUUUUCUCCCUCCUUUUAUUUUAAGCAAACAUUACGGAGAGAGAGAGAGGAUAAAUAAAUAAAUAAUAACUUGCAAGGCUGUUUGGAUGGAAAAUGAAAGACUGAUAAACCGAAAGAGGAAGAGAGAAAGAAAAGGAGAAAGGAAAAUAAACACUCAGCGAACGGCUUCAGUCCUGUGUAACAGAUGACGGUAUUAAAAAUUGACAGUGAAGCCUGCGGCCUGUUGACAGACUAGUGCAACUUCCUUGACCAUGACAUCAGAACUGGACUCCAGUUUGACCAGCAUCGACUGGCUCCCAAAUCUGGGAACGAGUAGUCUUCGCUCAGGGAAAGAACGAGGCGAGAGAAAGCGAGACCGAGGAAGAGAACAAGAUACGCCCCCAUCCAUCCCAACCUCCUCCCCUCCACCAAACUCCUCCAAAGGGAAACCACCGCAUAGUUAUGCCACUCUCAUCGCAAUGGCAAUUAGCUCCGCUCCUGAGAGAAAGCUGAGUCUGAAUGACAUCUACACAUGGAUCAGUGACACCUUUCCAUUCUACAGCAGAGCUGGAAGAGGCUGGAAGAAUUCAAUUCGACAUAAUCUCUCCUUGAAUAAAUGUUUCCGGAAAGUUCCAAGACCACAGAGUGACCCUGGGAAGGGUUCUUAUUGGACCAUGGAUGGACCACCUGACCAGUGUCAGUCUCGAGGUGUUAAAAGGCCUUUUCCUACAGGCGAGGAGGAGACGGAGGCUGCCGAAAAACCUGCACCCAAAGUGGACAAAACACAUAUCAGUCAAGCGGAGCCUCACUCUUUUCCGCACGACAUCAAAACUACUCUGUCUCCACCUCCAUGCAAGCAGCGUCCACCCCCUGCCCCGUUAACUACAGCCCCUGCUGCCUCUGUGCCCUCGACUGAACAGCCGCUGCGCUUCUCCUUCUCUGAUCUUAACCUUCCGGACCUCUACACUUCAUUUCAGUCUCUCUGUCGCUCUGUGAGAGAGAGAGUCACUUCACAGUCGGAUGCCGCCAGCCUGCUUGGUAUUCCGGGUGAUAUUGCACCGCUGCACACACCAACGCUGCCACCUCUGUCACCAAACCCCUGCCCCAGCAAUAAUCAACCCACACACAUGAUCACUAGUGUAAACACCGGUACCAGCCUCAACCCGAACCCUAACCCGAGCUUCCUGUCUAACCAAAACACUGAGCCUGACAGACUGCUCCACAACAACGUUGUUUCUGCAGACUGGUUCAGUAAUGCUGAGUCUUUAAGAGAGAGCUUCAGAAUUGCUAGCAGUUUGGACUGGUCUAAUAUCGACCUCACCAAUCACCCUGACCUGGUUGCGAGCAUGCGUCAGGCAGAACUCUGUGAUUGGGCGCUGGAUCCGGUUGUCUUCACCUCGCUGUGUGAUUCGCUCAACCGUUUUUUUACUCACAGGGGCAUCGUCGGCUCGGUGUCUGGCAGCUCGUCCUCUCUGCACCAGAUAGCUUCACCUCUAACCAACAUGCCACCGGGCUCUCAUCCAACUCUGUCACAUUUAACACAGCCCUCUCCACUCAGCUUACCUCCCCAGCUCCCGCACUGUAGCGGUGCUCAGUCUGUUCAGAGCCAAAGGAAAACUUUAACACCUCAAAGCCACAGUCAGAAUUCCCAGAGGAGCCUUGAAGGCCAGCCAGCUGCUAGCCAGCCUCUGCCUUCCAAUGCCAUUCCAGCACAGCCUUUGACACCUCGACAUCGACCCCCAAUGAAGCAGCUCCACAGCAACAGUGAAGAGAUUCAGGAUGAUUUUGAUUGGGAUUCACUCAUCGCCUGAACAUUCGAUGAAUCUUGUGGAUUUUGUGGAACAAUUUGAAAUACUGCAGAGGUUUAUUUAUCAAGAUGAGCACGUUUGUUUGAAACCUGAAAAUAUAAAAUCCAAGCAUCUGUAUAAGUAGCGGCUCUUCUACAUGUCUAUCCACAUGCUGCAAAAAAAAUCUUCAUCCAAAAUGCAUUGUAAAUUCUGUUGCAAUACUAACGACUUCUUCUGAACGGCCAACAACAGAAAAAAAUCUGACAUAUAACUGAUGUUCCUGUGAGUUGCUCACAUUUCCACCUCUUUCCCAUUUAGCAUCAUUGACUUAUUGUUGCACCUAGUAAUCAAAGUAGCAGCAGACUGAAUAGUAAAAAAUAGACUUACAUAUAAACUAAACUUAUGUAAAUAGACUUAUACCAAGUUAAUAAAAGAAAGAAAAUUGAAUUUAAUAAUUGAAAUGAAAUAAAAUAAAAUACAGACCAGCUGGCAAAAUCUUA